AUGUGCUGGCGAGGUUGCUCAAGCAAGACAGCCACUGAAGAUGGCUACGAAUGGAUUUACAACUACUUAAAUAGCUGUGACGAGGACUUGCUAGAGUUCGAGCUAGAUGUGGAUGGCCAGCACUUUUUCGACAACAUGGAGUUACAUCCAACAAGCACACCCCAGCCAAACGAGCACAAUGAAACACCACUCCAAUUGACGCCAUUUGUGUUAAGUGUGAUUUCGGAACUUCCCUCGCAGCCGGCAUCACACCCAGAGUCGGUAUCGUAUUGUGCUCUAUUGGAAGAAGCUCAGUCGACAGCCAAAACGACGGAUAGUCUCGCAACUCAACGUGAGGAUCAAGCGGCACGGCACGCAGUGACUACUCCUCGCAAAGGCCGUACACGCGGUCUAAAAUAUCGUCAUGACAAGACAGCAACAACAUUGCACUCUGAAGCUCGUAUCGACAACUGCAUGAGACCAACGACUCGUUCAAGCUCGCGAAAGAAGUUCAACCGCCGCCUUUUCUACUAG